UAGCGUUCGAGUGCAUAAUCGGUGGUCUGACCGGGAAGAAUAUGGGUCAAACGCACGUUGGACGAGUACAAGUUUCGCCUGGCGUUUAAAGCGAUUACGAAGUUUUUUUUGUUCUUAAAAUUACUCUUGAGAAAGAGAUAACUUAUUAACGUUGUGGGUGCGAUGCGGAAAAAUGAAAAUUUAAAAUGUCUGUUUAGUUUCGAUUUAGUGCGGACCGUAUUACAGUAGUUGCGCGUAUGACGGCCGUUUCGACGAAACGCUCAGCUUAUCACAAAGAUGUAUCAAGUGGCCGGACACGUUUACACUUCGCUCUUAAAACAAAACGUUAUAUAUACUGCCUUUAAGAUACCAGUAAUUUGGGCACGCCUAAACGUACGUCUGGAAUACUCAUUUAAGUAAAUUGACCCCACUCGAAUUCUAUGAAAUGAAAUUGAAAACAGCAAAUAUCGCGCUAAUAUGAGUGAACUGCAAGCAACCGUAGAAUUCGCUAUUGAAUACUGCAAAUUUUACAACAUAGAUCUAUUUCAACGAGGAUUAUAUCGCAUACGAACCGAGCUCAAAGUCUCUCCUAAGCUAUCUGUUCAAGUAGAAGUUAGUUUGAAAAAGCACCAACAAAGACACGAGAAUCAAAAAAAUCCUCAACUUUACUAUGUGGAAAAUUGCGAAGAUCUAGGAGUUAGCAAAACUUUUCGAAUACUUUACAGACACGAAGAAAUCCUGCUUGACGAUAUUAUUUUGUUUAAAGCUCAUGUACUCGUGGACAGUCACAAACUCCAAGAUAGCCUCGAACGAGCAGGGUUUAUUUUAAAUGUUGAAUUAUGGUUCGGAGAAAACGGCUCCAUGUGCUGUGUUUCCACUAGGAGUCUACAGUUGCACGUUUGUCCAUCUCGAGGGUUGCACUACCAUUUACCAGUGUUAUUUGACUACUUCCAUUUAUCAGCUGUAACAUUAACCAUUCACGCAAAUCUAGUUGCUUUGCAUCAACCGUAUAUAAAGAAAAGCAUAUUGAGUUACAUGCAGAGCUGCGCUCCGAGAACUAGUAAAACGUGGUUGGCUAAUAAUACAAAUCGAUUUAACUUUAGACCAUCGCAUUCUAUAGAAUCGAUAUUUUUUGGCAGUGCGAAUGGUCAACAAAAUGGAACUACAAAAUGUGUUGGAAGUUCUGGUAGUAAUACCAACGCGAACCAUGUCAGCCGAAUGCUUAACGCUCGUCUUAUACACCGCGAGGUAUGCUCGUUGUUGUCGGAGGCUUUCGACAACCUUCAUUCCACAAUUGCUCAAUAUAAUAGGAUAAUGCCAGUAUGGCAACAAGUUGAAACACCGGCUGAUCUCAAAAAUGCCGUUAUAAUCCCACAAACUAAUAAGAUCCUAGACGAAGACGAAUUUCUAGCUUUAGCGAACAGUAGCAUAGCUCAAUUAUGUGCUCAAAAUAUAUUGCUUUGGCACCAUUUUCUGGAUAAUUUUACAAAAAAACAAGCUAUCAACCAACAUCUUUCAAAAAAACACCAUCAACUCCGAGUUAGGAGAUUCGCCGAAGCAUUUUUCGUAUUAGAAAAUCCAAGACAAAGUGCAACGGGAUGUUAUGACGAUCACAACAACUAUCAACACUAUCGGGCAGUCUCCGAAGCGGCUAGAAGGUCAAGAUAUUUAGCUUCUUUACCUCCUUUGCCGGUUCAUUGUUCUGCUACAGAUGGAGAUCCGAUCACUUUGCCAGUAAUAUUCGAAGAUCAGUACACAAAACCAGGAUCUAUCAGUAGACGUAUAGAUAGUGACUCUUUUAUAAAUGUCUGCGAUGCUCAAAUGAACGCAAUACGAUCUACACUGUUAUUUAAUGAAGACUGUAGUUGUGGUAUUGCAGCAAUAUUGGAGUCGAGAAGAUGCAGCCAAUUGGCAUCGACGGGGAAAUUAGUAAAAAAACAAGGAUCGUAUGGCGAACAAAAACCGGAUAACUCUCGAAUUAAAACAAGACACAGUAAAUCGUUAGACCAAUUAUUGAGAUCAACAGUGAUGGAAACACCAAUGCUAUCGUUACCUUUAAGUUUUUCAAGAACAUUUGAACCCAAUAAUAACAUAAGUCCGGUUGAACGGUCACUACAAUCUAAGAAAUUAGUACAUAAAGCAACACCAAAUAUUUUACGACAUGAGAAUAUGACGUUACCUCGUCGCGAAAGAAAAAACGUUAAACCGUCAGAGUUCAGAGUUCAAAUGAAUGGUUACGCUUCUCUGCCAUUGAGAAAAAACGAAAAACGGAAUUACCGAUCGAUGAACAGAAGAGAAAAAAUUCAAACGACGUCAAAUCAAAAAAAUUCUCCUUCGUCUGGGGAAGAAUCACCAACGUCGAGGUUAGGAACGAGUAUCAGCGUGCCGAUGCAGUUGGGAGAUACAAACACGUCUCCUGUGACUAUAAAGUAUACAAAUAGCACGACUUCGAUACCAGAUGUGGUAAACGAAAAGACGAUCCCAAGUGUGGCAAAUAGUAGCGAGUCGAUGCCGGAUCUCGCGUCUGCCAUUGUCACUCGUUUUCCUUGUGUGUCUGAUAGUGAUAUUACGUCUGAACAGAGUGGAUGGGUAUCCAGUCGCCGGUCUUCAGUGUCUUCGCUUUCUGCCGAAAUCACACCAAAAGUGGAAGACCCAUAUGGAACAAAGCAAGACUUGUUAAUGGGGAGGGAGCUUCAAAAAAGAUUACUGAAAUUGUUAGAAGAAUCACCCAACAGAAGAGCGACACCUCUGAAUAAAAAAGUAGUUGCGCGAAAAAAAAAUAAAUUUGAAACGGUUAAACCUGUUAUAAAUGAUCAACUUUAUGAAGAAGUGCGACUACCCCCUCCAAGACAAUUCCGAGAUAUACCACUUCCUCCCGAACCUUUUAGAGAUGCAGCACCACCUCCGGAUUCUGUAGAUAAUUUGUUGUAUCACAUGUAUGAAACAGUCAAAGAAGCGCGAUGGAACGACGAGCAUCGGUUAGUAAUGAAACAGAGAUUUUCUGAAAACCUAAAGAAACCCGUAACUAGAACAAAAAGAAAUAACUCAGAGCCUGAAUACUACGAGGACGACAUACAUAAAGACGGAAACCCCGAUGAUCGAAUUCAUUCGUAUAAUAGCGUAGAAGAAAAUUCCAUGUUUCAAAAGUACAAGGAACAAUUUAAAAAGCAGCUGAGUUUUACAGGAAUGAUCUACAGCGAUACCCCCAUAUUAGCUUCAACAUUACCGUAUUUUCAUAUCAGCGAGGACUUGCGUAUGUUUUCGCCGGAAGGUGUUCAUCUAAUAGUCUGCGUUCACGGACUUGACGGAAAUUCGGCUGAUCUACGUCUAGUGAAAACAUACAUCAAAUUGGGUUUACCGGGAGCUCACUUGGAAUUUCUGAUGUCUGAAAGAAACCAAGGUGAUACGUUUUCUGACUUCGAACGCAUGACAGACCGACUAGUUAAUGAAAUUCUCAGUCACAUAGCUUCGUAUCAUUUGGCUUCUUACCCCACUCGGAUAAGCUUUGUCGGUCACUCUUUGGGUACAAUCAUCAUCCGAGCGGCAAUUGCACGACCACAAAUGAAACACUUGUUGCCCAAAUUGCACACAUUUCUAUCGUUAUCCGGUCCUCACUUGGGUACACUGUAUAAUACAAGCGGCUUAGUGAAUAUGGGCUUAUGGUUCAUUCAAAAAGUGAAAAAAAGCGGUACGCUGUUGCAACUGUCGUUAAAGGAUGCUACGGACAUUCGACAAACGUUUUUAUACAAACUAGCUCAAAAUUGUCAUCUAAGCUACUUCAAACACGUUCUUUUGUUCGGUUCGUCACAAGACAGAUACGUACCUCCACAUUCGGCCAGAAUCGAACUGUGCAAAGCAGCCAUUAAAGACACAACAUCUACAGGUCUAGCGUAUCGAGAAAUGGCGAACAACAUAUUGUGUCCAAUAAUCAAUAAACCAGACGUCACCUUUAUUCGAUAUGAUGUACACCACGCACUACCCAAUACGGCCAAUUCUUUGAUAGGACGUGCCGCUCAUAUUGCUGUUUUGGACUCGGACUUAUUUAUUGAAAAAUUUCUUGUAGUAACUGGACUUAAAUACUUCAGAUAAAAUACUAGUUACGAUCGAGAAUAUGCUAAAAAUCUUAUAUUUAAGUACCUAUAUGUCUUCACUAACAAUUAUACAGUUCAGCCAUAUCAAAAAAGUAAAAUUGUAGGGUCCGGUUAAUUAACCAGCAUUUCUAAUUAUAAAACAAAAUUGCUUUUUCGAGAAUGUACUAUUACUUACAAAAAUGCACAAAACGCUUUCCAACCCCACCCCCUACCAAAUAGUGGUAACAAAUAAUAAUAGGACAGUGUAUUUUAUUUUUGUCGUCUUGAACACAUAAAAAAAAAUGGAAAUAUUAAUAAAUGGUUGUUACUUAUCGCACCCUUCAAUUAUACUCUUAAUACAGCACAAGUAGUCGACAAAAUUGUAACUUUUAAGUCUGAAUAUUCUCAUAAACAAGAUCAGGGAAAUAGUGCUAAUUCAUGUUUAUAUAUUAAUGUGAACAUUAAGGGUACAUAAUUCAGCUCUUAUUAAAAAUAAGGAUCUCUUAUAGUCGGCAACCUGAAGAGAAUAAUGUAUAAUCCCACAUCUUUCUAAAUAAGAAAACAGUAUCGUGUCGACUAAACUUUAAAUGAAGCUUGAUUACUAUGAAAUUUAAAUAGGACAGAUAUUCUAUUUAACUGCUACCCACCAACUAGGCAUUUUAAAGAUGAAUCUUCCAAAAAUGAACACUCGGUGAUACCUAAAUCUCCUGGUGCUAUUUACCUAUUUAUGCAACAUAUCAUACAAUUAAUAUUUUUAGUUGUGUAGAAAUUGUUUUUAUACUGUUAGGAGUGGGUUAGGCAGUUCUUGAACUCUAUUUGGCGAACAAUGAGUUCAGAAGGCGUUAAAUCAUAAUUUGUUAUUUCAUACAAAAUCGAGUUAAACUAUUACAACAAAUGUUGCUUUUAAAAUCUGAAAAUAAUAUUUAGGGCUACAUAUUUGUUCCAUACAACACAAGCCUAUUUUGUUUUAGAUAGGUAACUUCUUAAUUAUUUGAAUUAAUAUAUAUUAUUGAUUAUAAAAAUUGUUCAGAAACGGUAUUGUUAGUAACAGUUUAACAAACAGCAGAAUUAAAGAUGGCGAUCAAGCUUAGUGGAGAUAGCCUGGAGCAUAAUUUUUUACUUUUUUUCUAUGUAUCUAACAUAAUAAAUUAUAAAAUAUUUUCUUAGAUAGCUGCAGACCCUGAAAACAACUACUCAAAAUGUUUGAUCAAGAUCUUAAAUGAUACUUAAAUUCAAGUUCAUACAUUUUAUUAGGUACACAUAUUUGGGUUACUAUACAAACUAAACACAAAAUACAACUAACAUAAUAUUUUAUCGAAACGUCAAUAAUUAUGAAUAACAAAAAUCAAAUUAAUGAAGAUAAACAAUCAAUUUUAUAAUCCAAGUAUUGGAUUACAUUAGUAUUGUUACAAUUCAGCUGUGCUCUAAGUCCUAUAAUGUUAUGUGUACUGCUCAAAAUUACAUAACUAUUAUAUUAUUGUUUAAGUACUUAUAUACUUAUAAAGAUGUUUUAUGAAAUACAAAGAGUCAAUUAUGUUAUAAUG